AAAAGACUCCGACUUAAAAUUUUGACAGAGGGAAAUUUUGAACAAACAAUAUUAAAAUGGAAUCCCUUACAUUAAGCCUGAAAGAAGUACAGAAAGCAAAAGGCAGUUUGGAAUGUCGCCUCAAUGAGAAGAGACAGAGAAGAAGAAAUAUUGAAAGUGUUUUGGAGACUGUGAAUUCAAAGCUUUCACAAGUCCGUGACAUUCAUACAAAGAUGACAGAAACAAUGAAGAUUGCACAACAUAAAGUAGCACAAACACAGGCACAGUCAGACAGUAUGGAAAGUAGCAAUGAGGAGAAGAGACACACUCUACAGUCUAUAAAUCAACAAAUAAAAGACUUACAGGAUCAGAAGACAAGUGAUAUGCACACAUUUGAAGAUGAGUUGAGCAAGAUGGCAAAACAAAUGAAGAAUGCUAAGGACUUCUAUACGGAGGAAAAAUUGUUGGAGAAAAUUUCAGAGAGCAAACAUGUGACCAGUCAGCAGCUUCAGAAAAGUAAUCAGUUAGAUGAAGAGAUAGCCAGUGUCACACUGUACUUGGCCAAACUAAAAGAGCAGUCUACUUCAGAGGAUACAAAUGACAACAUGGACAAACAGGCAGUAUUAGAUAUAUUCAAGAGGGAGCAAAAUGACAUGGUCAAGUAUUUGGAGAACCUGAAGGCAGAAAUAGAGUCCACCAGAAAUUGCCCUCAACUUAAUACUCAAGGUUGAGCAAGACUUUAUCAUAAAUUUUACACACCAUUGUGUUCAAAUCGUUCGUAGUUUUUGAGCUAUUAAGACCUAUUAUAGUUGAAGUAUCCAGUGAUUUUAUUGUGUAGCACAUGUUGAAAAAAAACACUUUUACAUACAUUUAGAUCAAGGGGGAUAAAUGAUAAUAUAUCACAUUGAACCUAUGCUAUUACAUACUGUAUUCUUGGUUUUGAAAUUUUAUGUUAUCUAAAAUCAAAUAGAAAUAGUUUUAAGCAGUUGAAUGACAGUUUUUUGAUAUUUCUGACAUUUUAAAGUUUGGAAUUUUGAAAUCUACAUUAGGAAAUAGUUGUACAUAACAAAAAAGAAUCCAUUAAGGAUCUUCAGAAAUAGUGUGACCCAUUCGUUACUAAACAUUACCAUCAGAAAAGUUCUAUACAUUGCUUACAUCUUGUUAUAAGCAGAAUCAUAGAUGAAUACUAUAUUGACAACAUUCAAUCUUGUUUGCUAUACUUCCUAGACUAAGUUCUGGUCAGUACUAGUCAGAUUUACUGCUAUUUGUUGUUAUUGAAAUGUAGACAUGUUAAAAGUUGUUGAGUUUUGAAUAAAAUAAUUUUACUUCUUUA